GAAAUGUCAAUGUCAAAAUAGUUGGUGUUGGUGGGGUUUUUAUUCGGUGUUAUCACAAAACUGAUAAUUUCAAGCCACUACUGAUACGAAUCUAUACACUUUAUUAUCAGCAAUUAUCUCACCCGUGUGGCGGGGAGAUAAUAUGUUUUUGAAAAGUCAAAUCUUCAAAGCGAUUUUAUUUAGAAACCCGGUGAAGUUACCGUUGUCUUAUUGGUUACUUGUGUGUCUCAGGUUUGUGCUUACUAUUUUGCCGCAGCGAGGAUAUAUUCAUCCUGACGAGUUUUUCCAAAAUGUGGAGGUCAUUACAGGCGAUAUACUCAUCGUCGAUGUCGCUAGGACAUGGGAAUUCAAUCCUAAAUUCCCCAUUAGGAAUAUUUUUGUCCCCAAAAUGAUACUAGGGCCCCCAAUCCACUUUAUUCGUAUUGCUAAUCCAUAUACUCAGCAUUACUUAAAUGUAAACUUGAGAACCCCAUAUUAUUUACUAAUAAUACCACGGUUAUUUAUUUGUUUCCUUUCGCUUAUAAACGAUUAUUGUCUUUAUAAAAUAUGUGUAUUAUAUGGCCAGAAUUUCAGGAACAGACUAAAAAUAUUUGCAAGUUCCUAUGUGCUAUUUGUAUACUGCACAAGAAGUUUCUCAAACACAUUUGAAAUGAUGUUUUUUUCAAUUCUGAUAUAUUUGGUGGCCCAAUGCAUGUUGCGGUCGGACAAAAUAAUAUAUCAUGAUGAAUUUUUACAGGAAAGAUAUAAUCAAGCUUCUAGUCCUGUAGAGAAAGUCAAACUUUUCAAACUUCGUACUCAUUUACCUCAACAUUCCCUAAAUAAUGUUUUAAUUAUUGCUUCACUUGUAGUUAUAGGUAUAUUCAACCGUCCAACAUUUGUCGGUUUUGCUUUCCCACCAAUAUUCUUCUGGCUUCAUAGAGGACUAGGGUCCAAAGUGGUAGGCUUCAAAGAUUUCCAUUACCGUAUUAUAUCAUUAAUCUUUUGUAGUAUACCCACAAUAUUAGUUCUUAUUGUAGUAGACUCAAGUUAUUAUGGAUACUUAACAAAUGCAGAUAUAGAAUCGUUGAAGUUAACAUGGGACAACUGGGUGGUGACUCCAUUGAACUUUCUGCGGUACAACGGAGACAUGAAGAACUUGAGACAGCACGGGUUACAUCCCUGGUGGCUGCAUCUCGUUGUAAAUGUACCUCUGCUGUUCAAUGUCCUGGGAAUACUGGCGUAUGUCACACUGACGUGCAAUUUGUACAGAUUCAUGCGCGGCCAAUACAGCAAGCUCCCGCGGAUCCAGAGCAUUACUGGCCUUAUGAUGUUCUCCCUCAUCACGCCAGUAGCCCUGCUCUCAAUCUUCCCGCAUCAGGAAGCCCGGUUCAUCAUCCCAGUCCUACUACCCCUGGUCUACCUCUUCGGCAACCACCUUUACGAGAACGAAGGCGACCAACCAAGAACCAGGAAGUAUAAAAAGGCUAUACGAGCCAUUUGGUACAUUACCAAUAUCAUACUAACACUGUUCUUCGGCUUUGUACACCAAGGAGGCAUAUAUCCCUUUGCCAACACGCUUUACAGAGAAAUUAGGAGCAGCUACGGUGUGCAUACUCAUGUUAUCACCACACAUAGUUACAGCAUACCCACAUUUCUCCUCCAACUGGAGAGUACCAACAAAAUUUGGAAAGAUAAAAAGACGGGACACAAGUACAGACUGGCGCCGUCUACGUUUAUUCACAAAUACGGUUCGUUACCCACGGACGACUUGUUCCAACGUAUUGACGACGUUUUAACUGAAGCAGAGAUGCUCUUACAUGACAGUAAGAAGAAAUACAGAUUCUACCUGGCAUCUCCUUGCUCUUUGGAGCAGAAAGUCCGUGAACACGCCAAGAAGUACCACUACAUAGACAUACAGGAGGACUUUUCGUACUACCCCCACUUUUGCACCGAGGCGUUCCCCAAGUUCCCAGACCGCCGCGACCAGUACUGCAUAGAGAGUAAUCUCCUCAAAACAAACGAAUCUCGUGUUAUAGAUCUGAAUGUGUUGCAAAGAGUAUCAUGUUUUCUAAAGCGGUUUUGUUUGCGAGUGUACAGAGUACAACCUGCGGGCAGUUUUCACAAUUGAAUAGUAAUUAUAUCUUAUAAACAAAAUUAUUGUUUUGAAGUCAAUUCGAAGAUCUGAUAAGCAAUAUUUCAUUGAUCGCAAUGAUACCGUCACUCAGUGACGUAACAUUAUGAUUUUUUGUAGGUUUAUAUUGUGAGUGCCUAAAUUAGCUCUCUUUAGCAAGUACCUUAACAUAGUAAGUAAUAUACCUACCUAUUACAUCAAUGACCUAAACUUAUUUUAGUACAUUUAAAUCAAGCAUGUAAUAUACGCUAAUGUAGGUAGUUAUACAUUCCUAUUCCACAAUCUGUGUUACGUUGGCAAUCAUAAAAAACCUUUAAUUAUAGCUUUAAUUAGUAGACAGUUUAUAGGUAAUUAUUAUUUUACAAAUAUGUAUAAUUUCUAAUUAUAUUAUAUCUUAUUGAUUUAUUUAGGUACUAAGAAAUUAUUUGUAAUUAGGUUUUUUUCCUACACAGUUUGUGUACAUGCAGCAGUUUUUAUAUUGUAGUGACUAUGUAUUGUAUAUUUAUAUCAAUAGUUUUAUGUACGAUUCUGUCCAGAGUUUACCAAAAAUAAUUGGCCAUAAUUAUAUUUUAUAUUAGUUUUAAUUAUGUGUCAAAUAAUUUACGUAAUCAUUUACAGUGAUUUUGCUUUAUGUAAUAUCUUUAUGAUAUAGGAAAAAAUAUCAUGUGUACCUUAUUUAAUUAUAAAAUUUGCCUUUGACCUUAGAAAUUAUUAAGGCAUAAAAAAUUAAAAUCUAAAAAACUGGGCUGUCCUUAUAACCCGUGGAUUGAACUAGACUUGUUCAGGGAUAUACGCAUGGUAUAAUAAAACUAUGUAUUCUCAAAAAUGACAGCCAAAAUUUCAAAGUUAGCCGCGCUGACAUCAUCUCACCCUCCCUGGCUAUUUUGUAAAAAAAAAUACCCACGACUAAUGUUUUUAAUUUACUUUGCAAGGCAAUUUUGAACUUUUAGUAAAAUAUUUACUUACAGUUUCAAUGAUUUUAUAUACGUGUCAAGUGAUAACAAAUAAGUACGUUAGUCAGUAAUUCGCUUAAUUUUCAAUGAUAAAAUUUGAGUCCUUGGAAUGUUGGAGGACCAAUUUAAUAGUAACACUUACAAUGGCGACUUUUCACAGGAUCGAGCAUACAUACCUUGUGUUAUUUUAUUAUACCAUGGAUAUGGGUACAAAUGUAAACAGGUUUUUUUGGAAUGGUAAUAAAUAUUUGAAAGUAUCGACCGUCGACACACUAAUAUGGGAGUCUGUCACCGCCAAAAAAAUCCUAGAAUCUUUUGUCUUUAUGCAAAUAUCCGGUUAAAAGUUAUGUAUUUUACCAACUUACGUAAGUUGUAUUGACUAAGUUAUAUUAACUUCCGGUGCUCAAAAACCCACCGUAAGUGUAUGUUUGCAAGCGUUGAUCUUAAUGGUUUUAAUCAAUAGUAACAUAAUUAUACAUUAAUGAUUUUAAUCACAACAAAGCGUUUUUGUUGCAAUGAAUUAAAGUGCAACGGAUUGUGUUGCUUUUAUAGGCUGUUUAUGAAUAAAGGCUGUUUUGUUAAAACA